AUGGACAAUACUCUCAAAGAUGUGAGCAAUCACUUUGAACAACUGUUCAAAUGUCUGAUGGCACAGGAACACAGGGUCAAGCAACCGAUCAAAGAACAGAUGGAGCGUACCAAACUUAUAGUCAACGAGAUAAUCAAAGAAAUCAAUGAUAUCAAUCAUAUCAUUUGUUUGAAGCAUACAAAUACCAACAACAACAACGAUGAUGAUGUAGAUGUAUUCGAGAUGAUCACAUCGAUCAUAUCUUGCACAUCAAUCGAUGAGUUCAUCAACAACUCACUUCCAUUAGACCAAUCGAAUGAUGGCGAUAGACAUUUAAGUGACUUUGAACUGAUGACUAUGAUCAGGAAUCACUCUGAACACAUUGCAAAUGAUGCUUUGGUUAUGCCACAAGAAUAUGGUGUACGGACGGAUAUAGCCAAGAUCAAUGGCAUCAUUGAGGAGAUAAAGUCAUGCUUUGAGCUCACCGAAGAUACCACUCAAUCCACUUCAUCAGUUGUGGUCGUGGCUCAGGCUAACAGUCCAAAGGUCAUCACAUUGGGAAAGGAAUUCUCAUUGUUCUCCUUAGACACUUUAGAAUGGACACAGGCCACAGUUUGCCCAAAGCAAUAUGAUAGCGUUAGGACAUCAGUUGUAUAUGCUCGAGGCAAUGUCUAUAAGGAGUCAAGGGUGGCUAUGGCAUCAAUGCAUCCUAUGAUGGCCACAGGCACAUCUACCUUGUUGGUGGAUACAAGGGGGACUUUUUGGACCGCGUGGAUCGGUUCGAUAUUGAAACUGGACAGUUUAGUCGAGUUGGACAACUUCCUAUUCGUCCAUAUUACAUAA